UUUAAAAGUUUCGAAAUAAAUUCCAAUUUCCAACUGCAUCGGCUGUUACGAAUACUCUCUAAAGCACCGAUUUAUUUUAAUCUAUCUAUUUGUUCAAAAGGAUCAUUGGCAAAAUCUUAUACUAUAAGCUUUUGAAAGCACUCUUCAGUGCAAGGCCGGUAUUUAUCCAUUUUAAAGUUUGCCAAAUUUAGUUGUUUAGUGUAAUUUUCCUUAAUGUAUUUCUUAAGAAGUUUUCUGAAAUGCAAAAGCAUAGCUAAUAUCCAGCAAACUUGCAGAAAUAACUUUUCAACUCAAGAUGUUAUUCAUAUUGAACACCUAAAGAAAAGAACUAUUCUUAAAUUAUCGGGUCCAGACACAAUGAAUUACCUACAAGGUAUGAUUACAAACGAUGUGAAAAAGAUUGACACCGAGCCUUCGCUAUAUUCUCUUCUUUUAAAUCCAAAGGGUAGAGUUUUAUAUGAUCUUAUUUUGUACAAAAUUAGUGAUGCUGAAUAUCUUGUUGAAUAUGAUUCAACUGGUGAAGAUUACUUGCACAAACAUUUAUUCAUGUAUAGACUGAGAAAAAAUGUUAAAAUAGAACCACUAAAAAACAUGUCUGUUUGGGUAAUUUAUAAACAAAACAGUGAUGAUACUAGUUGCAAAAACUUGAAUAUGCAAGUUAUAAGCAAAUAUUUGGAUAAAACAGAUAAAAUCAUAAAAUACACUGAUGAUCCUAGAAUUUCCUGCUUAGGUAUACGAAUCAUUUCAAAAAGUGAUGUAAAUGUUCAAAAGUCCUUAGAACUUUCGGGUUUAAAUUUAAUAGAAAAUGGUUCUUAUCGACUUUUAAGAUACAAGUUAGGUAUUGGAGAAGGUGUACUAGAUCAUCCUCCUGGCAAUUGUUUGCCUUUUGAAACAAAUGUUGAUUUGCUGAAUGGUGUUAGCUUUACAAAAGGGUGUUACAUUGGCCAAGAAAUGACUGCCAAGUCAAAUUUUGUAUUAAGUGUAAGAAAAAGACUCAUGCCUAUUGUACUGGAAGAUUUGAAUUCUUAUCCUAUAUUUCCUCCUGAAUGUAGUAUUUUAAAUGAAAAAAGGCGGAAAGUUGGUCGUCUUCGAAGUCAUUUAGACCAAUAUGGUUUGGGCCUGUUGAAAUAUGAAGAAUGUGCAAAGUCUGAGUUUUUGGAGUUAGAUGGAUUUGAUAUUAAAUUAAAAGCUGUAAGACCUAAAUGGUGGCCAUCAAAUUUAAAAAGUGAUAAAAAUGAACAUAUUUUUCUUUGAAGUAUUUAUUAUGUUAAUUUUUCUUCACUUUAUUUUAUUUAAAAAAUAUAUAGAUUUCUUUACACAAUUUUUUUUUCUGAAUUUGUUCAUUACCAACUGUAUUUUUAAAAUAAAUUCUCCAUUAUUUUUAUAUUAUAGAUAAUCAGAAAAAAGAAUAAUGAAAAAAAGUUAGUAUCCAAAAACUAUUAUGAAUUUAUCAGAUGUCUGAAAUGUACUUAUAAUUUGUUGCUUUCAUGAGAUUAAUGAUAUCAAUUGAGUGAAUUAUAGGAUUUAUUAUGUUCCAAGAUACUAUAUGUUAUUAACCUAUUAAAUGUUUCUCUUUACUAAAUUUUGAUUUUGAUUGAAUUAUUAUUCAGGCAUAGAACAUUCCAAAACCUGAAAUAUGUAUCGUUAUAUAUUAUAAUAUUGUAUCAAAAUAAUUAAAUUAAGCCUGAUUCAAAAGACAAAAUUAUAAAAUAAUCCAUAAGUUUUUUCAAUGUAUGCCUGCAUAGUAUUUAAAAAAAUAUUUUGGAGCAUAUAUAUAUAUAUGCAAAAAUCAUGCACAAUUUAUAUAUAUCUUGUGCAUGAUUUUUGUUAAUAAAAGAUUUUACCAUGCAAGAAUUCAUUUCAAAUUUAAUGGAUAUUUCCAAAAUGUUACCAGACACAUCUGUACAGGAUGUGUUGUAGAAUUAUUUAAAGUUCGUUUUAAAUUGAAGUGAAUCGAAUUUUUACUAAACGAAAUAAUAAACUUUGUACAAUUAAUGUCUUCGUAUCUUUUAAAUUGAUAACAUUUUUUUUUUUUGUGUCCUAAGGAAUUGUUUCAUACAUUAAAAAAAAAAAAAAAACUGAUGUUUUUGAGAAUUGUGUAAAGUAAGGCAAAUAGAAUCAUUAGUGAAAAGCUUCACAGUUUUUUAAAUUCUUGUAUUAGAGGAAUAAGGCAAGCUGAAAUUUAUUAAUGUAAUUAGAGAACUGCUAAAAACAUAUAAUUCAGUUGGGAAAAAGUGUUUCAUUAAAGGAAACAAAAAAUAUGUGAAUUAUAA